AAAAUAUUUUUACUCGGUUGGUCGGACGGACGCCAUUUCGUUGAGUUGCAGUGUUGUAGCGUGGGUUUUACAGUUACUAGAAAAGUGCUUUGUUAGUAGUUUUGUUAGUGUAAUUGUGAUACACUUUUUUGCAGUUUGUUGUUUCCUGUAUAUUCGCCAAGAUAGCGGAAGAAACUAAAAUGCCGGGCGCCGGUACUUUCAAAAUCUUCGUCGGGAAUCUUUCCGAUAAAACGACGGACGCCGAUCUUAGACCGCUGUUCGAAAAAUACGGUACCGUCGUAGAAUGCGAUAUCGUCAGAAAUUACGGUUUCGUCCACAUGGAAAAUGAACAAGUCGGUCGCGAAGCCAUUCAGAACUUAAACGGAGAGAUGGUUCAUGGUCAAGCUAUUAAAAUAGAGGCUGCGAAGAGUCGAAAGGCACCGUCGACGCCGACCACAAAAAUAUUCGUCGGUAACCUAACAGACAAGACGCGCGCGCCCGAAGUUCGCGAGCUAUUUCAGAAGUAUGGCACGGUCGUCGAAUGCGAUAUCGUUCGUAACUAUGGAUUCGUGCACUUGGACGCGUCGGGCGACGUGAACGAAGCUAUCAAAGAGCUGAACGGUAUGAUGGUCGACGGGCAAGCUAUGAAGGUGCAGAUCUCUACGAGCCGUGUCCGGCAACGGCCGGGCAUGGGCGACCCCGAGCAGUGCUACCGCUGCGGUCGCGGUGGGCACUGGUCCAAGGAGUGCCCUAAGGCGAUGGGCCCGGACCGGAACGGUUUCCGCGAUCGAGCUUUCGGCCGCGACCCCUACCCUCCGCCGCCGCCGCCGCCGUUCCUCCGCGAUCGCAUGAUGGGAGGAUUUGGGGAUCCCUAUGAUGGGUACUAUGAUCGUGCCCGUUUUGACUCUCCUCGUGAGAUGUUUGAGCGUCGCUACCCUGUGGGUGGGUCCCGCGGGUUAGACAUGGGGGCGUCACGCGGCGCUCGCGGGGACUUCGCCUCGCCGCCCCUACGCCGAGAGCCCAUGCCACCAAUGCCCAGCUUGCCCCCCAUGCGCAGUAGUAUGGGAGCCAUGCGGUCGUCGUACGAUGCUAUGUUCAGUCGUCGCAGCCCUCCGCGCGGGCCUCAAAUGUCCCGCGGCAUGUAUGAAGACUUCAGCCGUGACACAUUUGAUGAUAGAAGACCUGGAAUGCGUGGACCAUCUCCGUCACGAAGAUACGCGCCGUACUAGCGUGCACUUAGUCUUCAAGAGUCAUGGAGAUGAUGAGUGGUCUUAUUAGUACCUAUUUCUUGACUGUCCGAAAAAUCAAUUUAUAGACUAUUUUGUUAAAGUGGAGGAUUGACUGAAAUGGCAAUUUCUAUUAUAGUUUUAGUGAUAUGUAUGAAUGUGGAACGAAUUUUAUCGUGAAGGAAUGUAAAUAAGUGAAUAAAUCUCAUUUUUAAGUACAAA